CUAUUUUUUAAAUUAAAAUGUGUGUGUGGAAAUAUUAGAGCUUAAAAGUUAAAUAAAUAAUAAAUUUGACCCAAAUGUGGGGAUAUAGAUGCGCAGUGACUUAGGGAUCAAUUCCCAGUUCCCACUACCGACCGCCGCCAUCGCGAUGUCGGAGAUGGAGGAGAUUGAGCUGGAAGCGGAGGACUUCAACUCGUCUUUACCUCUAAAGAAGGUGCCAUACGGCGACAUUUUCGAGGCCUCACGCGCCGGGGACGUGGAGCGCCUGCGCUACCUAUUGGAGUGCGGUGUGAACGUGAAUGCACGGGAUCAGUGGGACUCGGUGGCGCUCUACUAUGCCUGCCUUGCCGGCCAUCUCGAAGUCGCGUGUAUGCUGCUCGAGAGCGGUGCCAUCUGCUCCGAGCACACCUUCGAUGGCGAUCGCUGCCACUACGCCGCUCUCAAUCUCAAGGUCCGCAAAUUGCUCAAGGCCUUCGAGGCCCGGCCCCCCCCUCUCCAACCAUUGCAGGCCGCCCUCAGAGACACCCUCCUGGCCUGCAAAGCCAAUCGGGCCUAUCUACAACAUCUCUUCAACUCCAACACUCAUACGACUCCACUUGUGUCAGGUAAUGCGUUGAAUGGAGAAUCCAAUUCCAGUUACUCCCCUCCUGAUAUUGUAUUUUAUGUACAAGGAAGACCCCUUGAAGCUCACAGACUUAUCUUGAGUGCCCGAUCCCCAUUCUUUAAGAGAAAGUUUGAGACUGAUUGGAAAGGGAAGAAGGAAGUACGUUUUUCCUGCAAAAAACUUACUUAUCCAUCUUUCUUUAGCCUUGUCCUCUUCUUUUAUUCUGACAGACUGGAAGUAGCCGUUGAUGACAUGGAGGAUCUUGUUAAAAUGUGCCGAGUUUGCAAGUGCCAGUCUCUACAGACUCUUCUUGAGAAAGAAAUAGUUCACCAAAAGCAUGCGGACUACAAAGCCCUUAGAGAGAUAGACAAUUCCCAGAAGAGGUUCAUCUUGCAGGGCCUUUCCCUUCCAGAGGAAGAUCGCCUCCCUGCUGCUUUGGGUCGAGUCCUCCGAAUAUCUCUCGCCAAUUCCUCCAGAGGACGAGACCUAGAGAAUAGGGUCAAUGAUGUAUCUCUUGUUAAUUUAAUGCAGACUACUGCUUGGGAAGAUGAUCUCGCAGAUAUUAGUGUGAGAGUUGAGAAGAACAAAUUCCGUUGCCAUCAAGUCAUCUUAGCUUCAAGAUCUGAAUACUUUAGGGCAAGAUUAUCCCGAAUGAAAGAUUUUCUUGAAGGAAAAGAAUAUUUACCUUAUCAUACUCUUCCGCGUCUUGAAGAACAUGACCUGAGCACAGAGGCCUUUCAAAAAAUGGUGGAAUAUAUGUAUACUGAUGGUCUGAUGGGCAUACACCCUGAUCAGGCCGAAGAUAUGUUUGAUGCUGCUUCAAGGUACCUAUUGUUUCCUCUUAAACGUGCAGUGGCCGAUGCUCUUCUACCACAACUGGAAAUGAUGUCUCCUGCAGAAUUAUGUCAUUGGUUGCUGCUAUCUGACAUGUAUGGUGUCUCCAAGAUUCGUGAAUACUGUCUAGAUGCAGUAGCAUGCAACUUUGACACUUUGGCCAAUAUUCGGGAGUUUCGGGCCAUGCUUUUGACCCUGCCACCUCCAUCUGGGGAUUCAACACUUAGAACAACGGUCCCAAGUGCGCCGGGAGCUGAAGCAAAUAUAAGCAGCCCUGGAAACCUUCUUGAUGAUUUGAGAGAGAAAUGGCUUGAGGCUGAAGGUGCUCAACUCGACAAGAGGGAUGAAAGUGCAUCAAUUUUCGACAGGCGUCUUGAGAUGCUCAUGCUUAUGGCUGAGAAGGAGAAUUCACUCUCUCUUGAAUUGAAUGAAUUAUAGACUACUCUUCAUGUUGAAUAUGCUGGGUUCCUUACCUAUACUUCCACUUCCGGUACCUCCUGCUGAUGGAGAUCUCGGCCCGAUACCCCUUGCUCAAGUGACUGAGGACUUAAAUAAUGAGAGAAAUGAAGACCUGGAUAAAGAUACUGAUAAAUCGACCUCAACUCCAGCAUCAGUAGCUACCUAUACGAGGACAAUCGGGAUUAUAUACCCACCUCCAGACAUCAGAAACAUGUAGACAAAACUGUUUGUUGUUAUAUAACAUCCUUUUUUAGAUAUUGGGGGUUGAUAUGAAACUAUGUGUUGAUAUGAGUGUUACAUGCAUCGCUUUUGCCUCAGUGAUCGACGAGCAACCAUGCAAUCUCAAUUGCACUCUUUUAUUUCAUUAGGUGUAACUGCUCAUUGUCGCAUAUGACUUACAAAGUCGUGUUUCAUUUUUUCUAUUUGUCUUUAGUUGGUUAUUUCGGACUUGUGUUGCAUGGCUAUUGGCCGAUUGCUUGGCAAUGGUCUUUUGUGCGUGAGUUGAAGAUAUAUCAUCUUCUUCCUCACAUUUGCUCUCCUCUAUGCAACUUUUGAACACGAAAAUUCUCUCGAUUGUGACAAAAUAAAAUUGCCAAA